UCCCUUCCUUCUCCCUGGCCCCGCCUCCCGGAAGUUCCGCUGGGUCUGCGCCUGCGGGUCCUGGGUGAGCGGUGGGAGGGCUCCGUGGACGUUGGAGGGCAGGUACCCGGAGUUCUGCUCUCGGGCAUCGCGAUCUGGAAGAAGCGAGGAAAACAGCUCUCAUCUUGUGCCAAGAUGUCAGGAAUUGGAAAUAAAAGAAUGGCUGGAGAGCCUGGCACGUCCAUACCUCCGGAGAAGAAGACAGCUGUGGAAGAUUCGGGGACCACAGUGGAGACAAUUAAGCUCGGGGGUGUCUCUUCAACGGAGGAUUCAGACAUUCGAACACUGCAAGCCAAAAAUCGCAAGUUGGCAGAAAUGCUGGAUCAGCGGCAGACCAUUGAAGAUGAACUCCGGGAGCACAUUGAAAAACUUGAACGAAGACAGGCCACUGACGACGCCUCCCUGUUGAUUGUCAACCGGUACUGGAGUCAGUUUGAUGAAAACAUCCGUAUCAUCCUUAAACGUUACGAUCUACAGCAGGGUUUGGGGGAUCUCCUCACAGAGAGAAAAGCCCUCGUUGUGCCCGAACCAGAGCCAGACUCUGACAGCAAUCAGGAACGGAAAGAUGACCGGGACAGAGGGGAAGGGCAAGAGCCAGCCUUCUCUUUCCUUGCUACUCUGGCCAGCAGCUCCAGUGAAGAGAUAGAAUCUCAGCUGCAGGAGCGCGUGGAGUCUUCCCGCCGAGCUGUGUCCCAGAUCGUGACUGUCUAUGAUAAAUUGCAAGAAAAAGUGGAGCUCCUAUCCCGGAAGCUAAACAGUGGAGACAACCUGAUAGUUGAGGAAGCAGUGCAGGAGCUGAACUCCUUCCUCGCACAAGAGAACAUGAGGCUGCAGGAGCUGACAGACCUCCUUCAGGAGAAGCACCGCACCAUGUCUCAGGAGUUCUCCAAGUUGCAGAGUAAAGUGGAGACAGCUGAGUCACGAGUGUCUGUCCUCGAGUCCAUGAUUGAUGACCUGCAGUGGGAUAUUGACAAAAUUCGGAAGAGGGAACAGCGACUCAACCGACACUUAGCAGAAGUCCUAGAACGGGUGAACUCGAAAGGUUACAAGGUAUAUGGAGCAGGGAGCAGUCUCUAUGGCGGCACGAUCACUAUUAAUGCCCGGAAGUUUGAGGAAAUGAAUGCAGAGCUUGAGGAGAACAAAGAGUUGGCUCAGAACCGCCACUGUGAGCUGGAGAAACUUCGGCAAGACUUUGACGAGGUCACUACACAAAACGAAAAGCUGAAGGUGGAAUUGCGGAGCGCAGUAGAGGAAGUGGUUAAGGAGACUCCAGAAUAUCGCUGUAUGCAGUCACAAUUCUCUGUCCUCUACAAUGAGAGCUUACAGUUGAAAGCGCACUUGGAUGAGGCUCGGACCCUGCUGCAUGGUACCAGGGGGACCCACCAACGCCAGGUGGAGCUCAUUGAGCGAGAUGAGGUUAGUCUUCAUAAGAAGCUGAGGACUGAAGUGAUCCAGCUAGAAGAUACCCUGGCCCAGGUCCGCAAGGAAUAUGAAAUGCUGAGGAUAGAAUUUGAGCAGACCCUUGCCGCCAAUGAGCAAGCAGGCCCCAUAAACCGGGAGAUGCGCCACCUCAUCAGUAGCCUCCAGAAUCACAAUCACCAGCUGAAAGGGGAAGUCCUGAGGUAUAAGCGGAAAUUGAGAGAAGCCCAGUCUGACCUGAACAAGACACGUCUGCGCAGUGGCAGUGCCCUCCUGCAGUCUCAGUCUAGUACUGAAGACCCUAAGGACGAGCCUGCAGAGGUGAAGCAAGAUCCAGAGGACUGGUCUGCUCAGUCCUCCGCAUCGAAGGCAUCUCAGGAGGAGGCCAACGAAAUGAAGUCCAAACGGGAUGAGGAAGAGCGAGAACGAGAAAGGAGGGAGAAAGAAAGGGAGCGAGAAAGAGAGCGGGAGAAGGAAAAGGAGAGAGAACGAGAGAAGCAGAAACUAAAAGAAUCAGAAAAAGAGAGAGAUUCUGCUAAGGAGAAAGAGAAAGGGAAACAUGAUGAUGGAAGGAAAAAGGAAGCAGAAAUUAUCAAACAAUUGAAGAUUGAACUCAAGAAGGCACAGGAGAGCCAGAAGGAGAUGAAACUGUUGCUAGAUAUGUACCGCUCGGCCCCAAAGGAACAGAGAGACAAAGUUCAGCUAAUGGCAGCUGAGAAGAAGUCUAAGGCAGAGUUGGAAGAUCUAAGGCAAAGACUCAAGGAUCUAGAGGAUAAGGAGAAAAAAGAGAACAAGAAAAUGGCUGAUGAGGACGCCUUGAGGAAGAUCCGGGCAGUAGAGGAGCAGAUAGAAUACCUGCAGAAGAAGCUGGCCAUGGCCAAGCAGGAGGAAGAAGCUCUCCUCUCUGAGAUGGAUGUCACAGGCCAGGCCUUUGAAGACAUGCAGGAGCAAAAUAUCCGCUUGAUGCAGCAGUUGCGGGAGAAGGACGAUGCCAAUUUCAAGCUCAUGUCAGAACGUAUCAAGUCCAAUCAGAUCCAUAAGUUACUCAAAGAAGAGAAGGAGGAGCUGGCCGACCAGGUUUUGACUUUGAAGACUCAGGUUGAUGCCCAGUUACAAGUAGUAAGGAAAUUGGAAGAGAAGGAGCAUCUGUUACAAAGCAACAUUGGCACCGGGGAGAAGGAGCUGGGUCUUAGGACACAGGCCUUAGAGAUGAAUAAGCGCAAGGCAAUGGAGGCAGCCCAGCUUGCAGAUGACCUCAAAGCACAACUGGAGUUGGCUCAGAAGAAGUUGCAUGAUUUUCAGGAUGAGAUCGUGGAGAACAGUGUCACCAAAGAAAAAGACAUGUUUAAUUUCAAACGAGCCCAGGAGGACAUCUCUAGGCUUCGAAGAAAGCUGGAGACCACAAAGAAACCAGACAAUGGACCCAAGUGUGAUGAGAUUCUGAUGGAGGAGAUUAAGGAUUACAAGGCACGCCUGACCUGUCCAUGUUGCAACAUGCGUAAAAAGGAUGCUGUCCUUACCAAGUGCUUUCACGUCUUCUGCUUUGAGUGUGUGAAGACUCGCUAUGAUACCCGCCAGCGCAAAUGUCCCAAGUGUAAUGCUGCCUUUGGUGCCAACGAUUUCCAUCGCAUCUACAUCGGUUGAUCUAAGCCAGGAGAAGAGGAGGGGCUGGCUAGACAGCACUUAAUCAUUCACCAUCAAACCUCUACCUCUUCUCUCCUGGACUGUCGCCUGUAGGCACUUUGUCAACAGUUGUCCUUCACAGACUUUCCGUUGAGGUUCUCACUGAUAGCUGGAUGACAUCAGGGGAAAGGACUGCUGAGUGCAAGUCUUGGCUUAUAAAAUGAAUUAGAAACAACUCUUGUCUCCUUACUAGCCUUGUGUACUUCCUACUUUUAGGCUUUUCGACAUUUUCUUCUUCAGGCUCAUUCCACCUGAAGAAGUGAAGUUGGUAUAUUUGACAUGGAGAAGGAAAUAAAGAACAGAGGAGACACAUGGCCAUUUUGGGAGGGAGUGUAUGUAUGAGAUCCUUUAGAAAUAAGCUAUCUAUGGGCCCAAACAUUUCUCAAUUUAGAUAGUGACCUUUUUGUAAACGUGGACUACAUCCUAUAUAAUAAAGAGCUAAUAUGCAAAUGGUCAUCA